AUGGCCGGCAUUCUGUUCGUCGUGCAUAUUCCAUCCGCCCGCUACGAACGGGAGCUGCGGCGGCAGGAGCAGGAUCGAUUAGCAAAGGGAGCGAGUGCCACGACGGAGGAUGAAAAGGACUCCGAUCGACCGCCCGGCAAGUCGGAAGAGACGGAACCCUUCGUGACGCCGCAGCUCAAGAAACCGACGGCAAAGAUUCCAAGAUCCAGCAUCUUUAUAAAUGCGUCUGAAGAAGACAGCAAGAAGUCGGAACCGGCGGGGCCCCCUACGAUCAAGUUCAUCGAUCAGGACGGCGAAGAAAUACCAUCCAAAGCGGUCGAGGGCAAACCGGACGACGACAAAGAUGCCGACGGUGGUGAUAAGGGGAAGGACAAAAAGUCGAACUUCCUCGCGGAACCGUUCGAUCGGGCGUCCGCACUUCGCAAGUCCUGGGACGGGUUCAAGGAUCUGAUCGGUUCGGCACGGAAGGAAAAAACGGCCCGUGAAGAAGCGGCUGAGAAGCUCACGCUCACCGGAGACUCCUCGAUGGAGGAGGUCCUGAAGACGAUCAUCAACGAGAAGCGUAUCCACACCGCGGCCUGGAUCGAGACGGACAAGGGGAACGGAUUUCAUAUCAUGUUUUCCAUCCAGUCGGGGCCAAUUUGCGACGACGUCAUCUACAUGCUUAGCUCUUGGGGCGUUGGUCAGCGAUUCAAUUCCACCAUCUCGAUCACAUCCUGUACGCUCUACAGCCAGCCUCCCGAAGUUACCGAGGAUCAGGAAGAUGGAGCGAGUGAUAUGAAUAAGAACAACGAUGCUGGCGGGUGGAACACCUUCUUAUCGACCGUCCGCGCUCGGUUGAACGUGGCGCAGAUUGUGGAGGAAGUAAAGCACGAUGCUCAGGUGUCGUUUGAUUUCGUCUCCAUGCUUGCGGUAGCCAGCAUCCUGGCCGCGUUCGGUUUGGUGGAGGACAGCUCCGUGUUUCUCAUCGCUAGCAUGUUGAUUUCGCCGUUGAUGGGCCCAAUUAUUGCGGUCAUUUUCGGAACGGUGGUUAAGGAACGAUCACUGCAGCUGAUCGGUCUGAAGAACGAGAUCAUCGGUAUCAUGCUCACGGUGUCGGUGGGUUUCAUCUUUGGUUUGAUCGUCUGCAGCAUCGACGAUCGCUACAGCGUCGGUGAAGGCAUCACACAUGAGAUGCUGGCUCGGUGCGAAACCCACUCGUUGUUGGUCGGUAUCGCCAUUGCGUUACCUUCCGGGGCGGCCGUUGCCAUCGCCAUUUUGGGUGAAAACAUCGGUUCUCUAGUCGGUGUUGCUAUCUCGGCAUCGCUUCUUCCUCCAGCCGUCAAUGCGGGUGUGCUGUGGGCUCUAUCAUGUUUGUACUUCUUAUUCGGGUCCGAAGAAUCCCGAUAUGGUACACUGAUCAAAACCCAAAUCUACUCCGAAAAUCAAGGCCUCGAGCUGUUCACCCUCGGGUGCAUGAGCAUGUCCUUGACGUUGCUCAACAUCUUCUGCAUCUACCUAGCGGGCGUUAUAUUUUUGAUCAUCAAGGAAGUCGCACCGGUGGUACCUAAGGAUCAGAAGCAAUUCUGGAAGCACGACAUCAAGAUCGCACGUGACUACAACCGCACGCUGCACACGACUGACGGUCACUCGAUGAGCAAGAAUCUCAUGCAGGAGCUUACGUCGCUGCAUCACAACAACGAUACCACCGGUGGAGGACUUCGAGGAGACUUCCUGUUGAAUUCGGCCUCAAAGGGUAACCAGAACACUUGGUCCCCAAGGCACAAUUACCACCAGCGGGACCAUCGUCCUACGAUGCAGGAAUUGGAGGCGCUCUAUCUCAGCCUGUCAGCCAACACGUCAGAAAAUCAAUUCCACCAUUACUCAUCUCAUCACGGUGGUCCGCAUUUCAUGAACUUCGAUCGAAUGUCGACCUCGCCAACGCAACAUCGCCGCAUGAACCCGUCGAACCCGAUCAACAUCCACGGUGGCAUUUCGCGGCACAGCCGUUUUACGGAAUCGUUGCGUGGUUCUUCAGCGCCACUGACGAAGAUUCUGGAAGACGUUGCUGCCGGUACGUCCGGUGCGAAGGGCGAAACUAGCCACGGUGGCCACGUCGAACGUGGCAAGUCGGUGAGAAGCUACGGCUUGCCAGGAUUCAAACGCAGUUCCAAGAAGUUCAUCGUUACCCCAGCCUACGAUCCAAUGCAGAAAGAGUAGAUUUGCGCAGAAGGACUGGGAUUAAGGAAGCUGGCUGUUUUAAAAAAAAAUAUCGCGUAGUGCCUUAGUUAGUUAACUUUUGGGGUAUCGUCCGGUGGUCUGUCGUACUUAUUGUUUCAAUUUCUCGAUCGUGAAUGUUUGUAAGUGUUUAAGCGUCAUUUUCAUUUGUUUUUCUCUCUGUAUUUCGUUUCGUCUUAUUACCGUCCGUUCUUUCGGAGCGCCAUUGUACAUAGUAGUAACAUUUAAGGGCGUUUAGUUGUUAAGCAAAGAGGAACAGGAAGGCAACAUUUGCCUGCCUUGCCUGCCGGCCGACAGGGAUCGUAACCGCGAUGUCCUGGCGUGGUCGUUAGUGCGAAGGAUUUGUACUUAAUCGGUUCAACGAUGAGUGAGUGUUAGGGCAUACUGUCUAAUGUCUGCGAGAAGCGAUAUAAUUCUCGUGAGCUAUGAUAGCAAAAUAAAAAAACACACCAAAUACAGCUGAUAAUGAUGCCACUAAGCCUGUCGCAUUUGGCUGAACAGAUAAUUUCGAUUUCGUUUAGAAUAUUCUGUUUUCGUUUGCAAAAUGAAGUCUCGAUUUUAUGGUGAUAGCUUUUCGUAACAUAAUGUUCCAGGAAAGUAGCACUUAAGAUGGAAAAACAGCGUAAUAGAGGUGUUAUUUCUUGAUUAUUAGUUUCACAAUGUAUUGA